AGUCGUUACCUGCUCAUGACUAUGACCAAAUCAAUCGCUCCUCCUUUCUUGUGAAGCCCAGUUCGUCACCAUCAUCGACCUCUGUUUUCUCUCUCUCUCUCUCUCUGUCUUCACUUUACAGAGCCUUCAGAGGUUUUUUUAUCCGGGUUUUGUUUUAUUUAUAUUUAUUUUUCUAUACAUGAUAACCGCCAUUAAUGGGCAAUCUAUGUGCUGGUUUCGCACCCAAAUCAGUGAAGAAAAAACCCACGAAGCGCCUCCAAAACCCGCCGCCGCAUGCCAAUUCGAGCAACCGAUGGGCCCGGAUCCGAUCCUCGCGGAAGGAGAAGCUCGACGACGGUUUGCUUCAUGAACAGGCUCUCGCCGCCGCGAUCCUCUUUCAGCAGCAUCACCACCAAAAUGGGUCUCUCCCUUUUGACCGCUCCUCUUCGCUUCGGUAUCCGAAUUCCAGCUCCAAGAAGAGCAGUAACACCUUGCCCCGGAGUUCUAGCUCCCGAGCUCGGUCUCUCACUGAUCCUCUGCUGCAGCCUCAACAGCUUGUUAACCAGGAUGUAAAGCAUGAUGAUCUAGAAACCAGCCAUUUUGUCCUUGUUCAUGGAGGUGGCUUUGGUGCUUGGUGUUGGUAUAAAACUAUAGCUCUCUUGGAAGAGGGUGGUUUUAAAGUUACUGCCAUAGACUUGACUGGUUCUGGAAUUCAUUCAUCUGAUGCAAAUAGCAUUACAAACCUUUCACAAUAUGUGAAGCCGCUUACUGAUUUUCUUGAAAAUCUUGCUGAGGGAGAGAAGGUGAUCUUGGUGGGACAUGAUUUUGGUGGUGCGUGUAUUGCAUAUGCUAUGGAGCUAUUUCCUCUUAAAAUUUCGAAGGCUGUUUUUCUUGCGGCAGCAAUGUUGAAAAAUGGAAAAAGUACUCUUGAUAUGUUCUCCCAACAGGCUGGUUCAGAUGAUCUAAUGCGCCAGGCCCAGGUAUUUUUGUAUGCAAAUGGAAAUGAGCACCCCCCAACUGCUAUUGAUCUAGACAAGUCAUUGCUGAAGAAUUUGCUAUUUAACCAAAGUCCUUCCAAGGAUGUUGCAUUGGCAUCCGUUUCAAUGAGGCCAAUUCCAUUUGCACCAGCUUUGGAGAAGCUCUCUCUCUCAGACAAGAAAUAUGGGACCGUGAGGCGGUUUUACAUAGAAACUCCAGAAGACAAUGCCAUAUCCAUAACACACCAGGAGAGCAUGAUAAACGCAGACCCUCCAGAACGAGUCUUCCGCCUAAAAGGCGCCGAUCACUCACCAUUUUUCUCAAAGCCCCAAGCUCUUCACAAGAUUCUGUUAGAGAUCUCAAAGUUAAGUUUGACAGUUUAAAAAAAUCACAGGCCAAUUCAGUUAGAUGGUUAGAGCUUCGCCGAAAUACACAUUGAUAAGGAGCACUUCAGGAAUCGGUUGUUGGUGCGUUGCAAGUUCCAAACAAGAUGGAGCACAAGUAGUCAAACUUGUUGUAAAUGUGCAUAGGAUUUGAGGUUGCCAAUGUAGUGCUUCUAUACAUCACAUUCCGGAUUAUGUUCUUCCCAUUUUUAUUGACGAGGGUUUUCUCAUCUUCA